GUCGCGCGGCCAGUAGCGCGCGAUGGUGGCUCUGGGCGACACGACGGCGCUGGCGGCGGCCGGCCUGCUGUGCUGGCUGCUGCGGGACACUCUGCGCUGCUUGCUGACGGUCGCGCAUGCGCACCUGCUGCCCUUCCUGCGGCCGGCGCCCGUCGACCUGGCGGCGCGCUUCGGCUGCUGGGCAGUUGUGACUGGAGCCACCGACGGAAUAGGGAAAGCGUAUGCCCUAGAACUGGCGAAGCGUGGACUGAAUGUUGUGUUGAUCAGUAGAUCGGCCGACAAACUUCUUCAGACUGCAGAAGAAAUCGAGUCGAAGUUCCAAGUGAAAACAAGAACUAUUUCGGCUGAUUUCAGUAAGGGCCAGCAGAUAUUCAAUGAAAUAGAAAAACAGAUAAGUGAUAUCCCAGUGGGAAUUCUAGUUAACAAUGUUGGACGUCAGUACAGCUAUCCGAUGUACCUCGGCGAAGUGCCUGAGCAAGAACUGUGGGACAUAUUAAACAUCAACAUCGGGGCAACGACCAUGAUGACUCGAAUGCUGUUGCCACAGAUGCAGAGAAGAAGAAAAGGGGCAGUCGUCAAUGUUUCAUCCGGCUCUGAGCUUCAACCACUACCAUUCAUGACUGUUUAUGCUGCUUCCAAGGUCUUCGUCAAAAGUUUCUCUGAAGCAAUUCGCUUUGAAUAUGAACGGCAUGGAAUCACUGUUCAGCAUCUAUCCCCCCUCUUUGUCAACACUAAAAUGAACGCCUUCAGUCAUCGGCUGCAGAAAAGUAGCUUGUUUGUGCCCGACGCGACGACCUAUGCCUACAACGCUAUCGAGACUCUGGGGAAAGUGAACUAUACUACUGGCUACUGGGCACAUGGACUUCAGUACUUCUUUACCGUCGUCGCACCAGUCUGGAUACGCACAUAUCUCGGCGGCAUCAUGAAUAUGAUAUUUAGAGAAGACUACUUCACAGCUAUGCGCAAAAAGAGUUAGGACUCAUUGGUCCCAAAAUAAAUAUCAUUUAUUCACAGCAUAGCCCGUGCCUGCAUGAUCACGAAGAGUUUUUUUUAACAAGUACUGACCAAAUCGGUCAAUGGACAUCAUAUAAUUGUGCAAUCGUUCUGGAGCAAACAUCAUAAAUUAGGUUAUAAAUGUGGAACGGAAAAAUUCGCGGUAUCAGUGACCUCUAGGAUAGAAUCCACAGUACUGUACAUACUUGAGCGAAUAUCCCCUGCUAAAUGGCUGCUGACUCGAUAGUUGUCUAGACUGGGUUGACCGCGAUUCGACACUUAUUUGGCUGAAGGUCUCCCAUUGGUCCAGAGUCGUCCAGGUAUACCGUGUGCCAAUAGUAGCAGUGUCGCAAAAAUAUAAAAACUAUUUGAAUUUUAGUCUAUCGUGAAAUGAAUACAUGAAUUUUUUCUGUCUUUAGUUAUAAAGUGCUUUGCUACAUAUAUAUGUUGAUACACCACCAUCUGUGCUAAAGUGGAGCUUUUUUUUUUUAAAUAAAUUUUGAUUGAAAUACAACGCUAUAUUUUCUGUUCAUCCGAAACAAUUACAAAAAUGAGAAUAAUUUACUGCACGAAUCCUUUUCAUGGAGUAUUAUGAGGUUAUGAGGAAUACUACCUUGGCUGUUAGUUAUUUGUGGAUUUUGAUUCCCAAAUUAAUAAGAUGAACAUCUUAGGUGGUGGACAGAGGAUGCAUAGGCGUAUUUCACUUAUUGUGAUGAACACAACAUAAACAAGCGUUCGUUCUUCACAGCAAAAAUGGUUUGUUGCGACAAACAAUUUUUUUUUAUUUUGAGCCACUACAAAAAUCAUGUUACUUAAUUUUUUUUUGUUUUACAUAUAUGUAUUUACAUUACAUGCUCGCUUACAUUCUCACAGUGCAACAUCUUUAUGACGAAAGUAGUAGAUAUAUAAAUGUAUUUCCGGCGGCAGUGUUCAGGGUGUGGUGCGUGGUGCCGACCAUCAUUUGACGUAACGGCGGCCAUAUUGGAUUAACUUUACCUUUACCUUUGACCUUGAAAUCACCCCAGCCGCCAUCUUGGAUUAUUUAACUGCCUCCAUCUUAAAUUUCACCAUCUUGGAUUCCGCAUAUUGAAUUCCACCAUUUUGAAAUAGAGCACCCCACUCACGAACGUUGGACUUUUCGUUACGGUGGGCAUCGAGACCUUGACUCAUGUCCGCUAUCUUGAAUUCUGACAUCACAUGUGCUAUGUUGAAAUAUGAAUUCUUGUCCACCAUUUUGUAUCUGACCUCAGACUUUUUUGGUUUUGAUUUAAUGUCCGCCAUCUUGUUUUAUUUUGACGGAAUCCGCCAUCUUGGAUAAAGUCAAUGACACCACAUUGCUUUUAUGUUUUGCUGGAGACCGCCAUCAUGGAUUACAUAACUUACGUAAUCGUCGUUUCUGCUGUUUGUUCCUAGAGUGUGCCAACAUCACUCUGUCUCAUGCACCUAAGGUCGAUGUUCCAUUACCUACCAGUGUUGUUAUGACCCUUAUCAAAAUAUUAAAUUUAAUUGUUUAUUCAAAAUAAAUAGGAAGCAAGGUGAUUCGAACCACGACAAAUCUGACCUCUGGGUUGGAAUAAAAUACACCAAUGACCGCUGGGCCAUCGAGACUUUGCCAGACUGAGAAUUAAACACGGUAUAUAUAAAAAUUACACAUAUUCAGACUUGUAACAUUUUUAAUUUAAAAGCAUAAUAUCAGCUGCUAGAGGGUGCUGUAGCUAUUUUUUUUAAUAUGUGCUACCAGAAGUGAUAGUGUCACGUAGUACACACAUCGUGUGCUAGAGGGCGUUGCCACCAUAUUGUUUUAAUUUUUACCUGUUAGAUGCAUUAGUUCUUAAUACCGUUGCAUAAAUCACUAUCUCGGCUGCCAUAUUGGAAAUUCGUAAUUAUUAAUCUAUAAAAUCGGGAAAAAUUCACUCAUUAAUUUACUGAUUGAUUCGAUCGAUUUAUGUCCUUGGUUAGAUAAUUACUCAAUGUAAAAAUGUUUAUUUUAGGUAAAAAAAAAAAACACUUAUUCAAUAAAAUAUGGUGCAAAAUCGUAAAAGAGGCUUACAUCCCUCAUUUACCAGCUUCCAUGAAGCCGCUGAUGACAUAUUGACCUCCAUCUAUAAAUUCUGUAAUUAUUAAGCUAGAAAUUCGGAAAAAAUUCUAAAAGUAAUCAAAAAUAUCACCUGUUAAUGUAAUGAUUGAUAAGAUUCAUUAAUGUCCUAGGUUAGUUCCUUGGUAGUUGCGAAAAUGUAACGUAUGCUCUAGAAAUAUGUAUUUAAUUAAUCAUCCUCACUGCAAACCCCGACUGAAUAAAUUGGUUAUUCGAUAUCACUUCGCCUACCAGGGAGGUAUUUUUCGAUACUUGGUAUACAUUUCAACAAGGUCAUGUACAAUGUCAGACAUGUAGACCAAGUGAAUCCGAAUCAUGAGAACUUCUUCAUCGAUACUUGUUAUAUAUUUUUAAAAAAUACGCCACAUUUCAAGCAGACAAUGCAUGAGUCUCUGAAUUGUCAGAACUACAGUAGGUAUGUAUUUACUGUUACAAUAAAAUAGACCAAAUAUCUAAGCAUGAUUUACGCCUACUACAGGACCAAGUAUCUCUGAAAAAUGCUUUACCAAGACCAAUAAAUUUUUAACCAUUAAAUAUUCAGCCCUGACUACAGACUUUGGUAUGCACAUUUAACAAAAAUGACAUAUAUUUGUACGAACAUUUAACUCAGUAGGAUACGAUAUCAUCAGAAAUAUACGAUCCCCUUAAAGAGAUACGAUCUCGUCAGUAUGAUACGAUCCCAUCUGCAGGAUACGACCGAAAGGAUACGGAUACGGUGGGAUACGAUCCCAAUAGUAUGAUACAUGAGGGUACGAUCCCAUCUGCAGGAUAUGAUCGAAAGGAUGAGUUGGGAUGAUAUCCCACCAGUAGGAUCUUCUCAUCAAUAUUGUGUUGAUGUGCUUGAUUAAGUCAUACAUUAUUGUGUAUGGCUAACAUAAUGGUGCAACAGACAACAAAAAAUAAAUGAAGCAUUGCCUCAUAUUUCAGAUAACAAGGUGUCUUAGAAAUUGAGACAGUCACUAACGUAUUGAAUGGUAUGAACGAUGCUGAGCAUUCCCACUUCGUUUUUCAGACUCGCCCUCAGAAUUUUGUAAGGUUUAACCUUUUGUGUACCCAUGCAAUAAAUGCAGAAUCUGCGGACUACCAAAGAAACAGGCCUUUAUUUUUCACUCUACAAAUGGAAUAAAUUAAAGAAACACAUGUUACGCUUUCAUGGACAGACUAAAUAAUCCAACCAAUUUUUAAUACCAACCUAGACGUUAUCAAUUAGAGAUAUUUGUGUAAAUAAUGUAGAAGACAUCGGCAUGUAAUUGAAACCAUGUAAUGCUAGUCAUAAACAGAAGAUUAAUUCAAACCAAAAAUAAACAUUUUCUCAGGUGGCCGGAAAAAGGUUCUUCUGCACCACCUCACACUCAGCAAUUUAUGUUUUGUUUCUCCAACAAAAUAAAAAAAACCAUGAUAUAUGUGCUCAGUACAAUCAACGAAAUAUUUCCACACCAAAACAUGAAAAUUCAGAAGGAAAAAAAAAACAACAUUGAAUGCAAAAAUUCACGAAAACAAAAAAAAAACUGCAAAUGGUUAACAAACAACCUGUUUCCACCAGAAAAUAUAAAACGUGUAUAUGUAUAAAAUUCCAGGAAAUCAUGCCGCAGUAUUUUUGAAAACAUCCGACAGUAUUACCGUAUGCUAACAGAUUGAUUGGUUCUUACGAGAUACCAGACUUAAUCGAUACUGGUUCAGUCGCAGUUUUAUUUCAGGCUCUCUUUUUCAAAAAAUACAUGAAAGUAAUUUAGUCAAGUAAACAGAAUCUGUAACUUUAAAAAGUUUCACGACUUCAGAAUAACCACUGAAUAUCAGUACAUUCACCAUUAUCAAGGUAAAAAUUUAUCUAUUUUCUUGGACUUUUCAAUUUAUAUAAUAUAAAAUAAUAUUAUAAUAAAAUAAUAUUUCUGACCCAGAUUUCAUUGCCAAAAUGAGCUUAGUUAUUUUAUGUACAAGCAGGAAAUUAAAAAUUCCAAUUGAAUAUACAAGUCAUCUUCCAUUUGUGGCUCCAGACUCUAAAGCUGAAAGUAAUGUUAAUAAGCUACAUACCAGUGCUGAGAUUGGAAAUACUUCACAUUUUGACCAUCUCGGCCAGGAAAAACAAUUGGUAAUCAGUGACCUUUGUAGCAAAUUUUCAGAUUUUUAAAUAAAUUAUUCGUUCAAACCCAUCUUAUUGAAUAUGACAUCAAGAUUUUGGACCAAACCUCAGGCAAAUUACACCAAUAUUAGUUAUUGGGUCCCAAAAUGUAUAUUUUGUGAAAUCAAAUCCAGGACUUGUUAGAUAAAGAGACUUUAUCGAAACAUCAACCUCUUUUUUUCAAUUGACCUUAAAAUUUUUGUACUGAAAGGUAAGGGUCAUUGCAUUUUCAUUGACUAUAUUACCAGAUAAAUGUAUAAAGUAAGUACCCCUCACCCAGAUCUCAAUCCUACGUACUAUGGGUGCAACAAGGCAAAAUAUUUUAGUGUAUUUGGUCUCAAUUCAGCAUAGCAACAAAUUCUACUCACCCAACCAACGAAACAUCUCACUGGUUUCUAUGUAACAUGGAAUCUCUACCAGGAAAUGUAGUACUUGGGUUGGCUAAUGGUGCACAAGUGCUAAAUCGCUUACUCGACCCAGUUCUAGGAGACAUCAAGUUUAAAUUUGUUUUUAAUUACUUAUCUCAUGUAGUUAUAUAUUCUGAAACUUUUGAUGAACACAUGACCCACCUAGCUUAAGUACAUUAAAAGUUUUGUAAGGCUGGCCGUACUGUAAAUACAAAGAAAGUUAAGUUUGCAGUACCCAACAUUUCCUUCCUGGGUCAUUUAGUGUCAAAUAAAGGUAUAACAAUUGACCCUCAUCGUACACACACCAUCAGGAAGUUUAAGCCUCCAAAAUAUGCAAAAGUAAUGUUUCAUUUCAAAGGCAUUGCUAACUUUUAUGUCAAAUACAUACAAAACUUUGCUGAGCAUUCGGCACCUUUGAAUGGCUUAUGCAAGAAAAAUGUGUUGUUCCACUAGGGACCUAAACAAGAAAAAGAUUUCGAAAUCCUGAAACAGGAUUUCCCCUCCCCCCAACCCAGUCUUGAGCAAGACAGACUUCAUAAAAACUUUUAGUUUACAAAAAUAUGUCCCAAGAAUGCGAUGGUUUUCACCUAACUAUCACUUUUGUUCACCGACCCUGCAUCAUCAAGGAAGAAAGUCAUCAGUUAAUGAAUUGUAAUGCUUGGAUGUAGUUGUUGACAUAGAUAAAUUCAGAUAAUUUUUGGGACACAGAGAAUUAUACUGGAAACAUUAAUCAGGCACUAGCAUGGUUCUUGGCCCACCAUAAAGAGUUAGCAAAUAUUGCAUGCAAGAUCACCAACACUUUUUCCUUAAAGUUUCAAAUCCAGUAUAUUCGUGGCACUCAAAACAUAGCAGCAGUUGUAUUUUCAAAUAUGAUCAAGAACCCCUCCAACCAAACUCUUUCCAGAGGACUCUCCAUUUUUGUGCAGAGCCAUCCUCACAAAUUUUCCCCUUGAUUAUCAAGACCUUCAGUCAGGCCGAACCAAGUAUUUAUGAUAUUAUAUAUGAGGUAAGAUAAGGUACUUCCCCAAAAUUCUAUAAUAUUAAAAAGGAAUUUGGUAUUGCAAGUCAAAACCAGCCAAAUACUUCAAAAUCGUUCUACCCCAAAAUAUAUAAUAGUAUGUCCUGCGGCUGGGUUAUAGGUCUGGAGCCUGAGCCGAUGUCCAUUAUCUUGGAUUGUGACAUCACGGUGGCCAUAUUGGUGUCAAAUUACCACAAAAUUCCUCAAAAUUCUAAAAAUUUCUCUAUUUCGAGGGAAACAUUCCCAUUUUCAAUUUAUUUUCUUUUUUCCCUCAAAAAUUAAAAAAAAUUGGAAUUCAAAAAAUCUCAAAAGUAAUUCGCACUAGAAAAAAUUUAAAUCACCCAUUGAGACUUAAAUUGCCCAUGGUAAAGCCUCCAAUAAGCAUCAGGUGGGUAGCUUUGACCUUGACCGUAAACAUGAAAUCUUUAAUUUUUGAUAAAAAAUUCCGAAAAAGUAAAAAAAAAAAUUAAUGCUUACUUCAAAUGUUUAGUUACUUAAUCAAUUUCGGUACUCGAUUCGAUUCCCGGCGAGAGUAAAAAUUUAAUAUAUUAAUUAAAAAAAUAAAAAUCUUAUUUACAAUUAGAAAAAUAUCCUUCCUUAGAUCACAUCCGCCAUCUUAGAUUCUGGAAUGUUGCACUUUUUGUUACUACCGCCAUCUUGAAAUUCCAUAAUUUUUAUGCUAGAAAAUCGGGAAGAUUUUUAAAAUUCAUACAAAACUAUAAGUAAUAAAAUUUUUAUAAAUAAGUAAUGAAAAUGUCCACGGUUUGAACCCGCCGAGGUCAAAUCAUUUAACCAUGGUGACAGAUCCUUCCUCCACGGAAGCUACCGACAGACUGACCUCCCACCACUCAUGCCAAGGCAGGUAUUGAAUCAGCCAGUCUGAUGUCGUGGCAGCCAUUUUUUUUCGUCUGCUGGAGGCUGCUGCCGAAAUAUUAUUUGCAUGUGCUAGAGUGCGCUGCCGCCAUAUCAGUUUAAUUUUUGCCCACUAGACUGCAGGAAUCAUUUAUAACUGUGGUGUCCGCCAGCUUGUUAUUUGGGUGCCAUCUUGUAACUUUAUUGAGUUACGUUUAAUUAGUGAAUUUCUGUUACUAAAUCAGCACUAAAAAAGUGGUUUUAUUAGGCGGAAUUUAAAAAAAAUUCAGUCAAAUAAUAUGCCUUAAGAUGGCUAAGAAUCACUAUCAUGCAAGACGAACUUCCUUCUCCUUGAUGUCUAGCGAAGCCCUCCUUUUGCGAUCGUAAGUGAACAUCCUGUAUCUCACAUAAAAAAUAAAUAAUAGUUACCACUACACAACACGUGGCAACAUCUGUUGUUUAAAAGCAGAACUACUUGGUCGCGACCAUGGUGUAAGGAAGGAGAGGCGAAACCGUGCACACGCUUUCCCCCACCACGCGCUCCCUCGCUACGUCACCUUGGUUGUAGCCAGCGCUCUUCUUCCAGGCGCUAUCCAUCCAUUUCAUCUGCGUCUCGUGCGAACCUUUUUUAUUGUUGGUGCUUACACAAUACUGAGUGCUUUUAUGUAGCUGUGCAGUGUUCGGAUUUCACAAUCAUUUAAAAAAGAAUCGAGAUUCUGGCAUAAAAUAUUUUUCUUUUCCAAAAAAAAAAAAAAGAAGAACUUUACAAUAAGUAGGUAAACGUAUGCAAAAGGAAGGACAAAUUCUGUGUUAGCAGAGGUCAGUUUAAACGAACGUGAUUUUAAAUAGAAAUUUCACUUGUUUUAUAAUACGAGUUUUAAUUUUAAAUUGUUUUUGUAUGAUUAACUGUAGGUUAAUAUU